UCUCUCCAGCCUAAGAGAGUUAUAGGAACAAAAAGGAAGUGUGUGUUUGUGCGAAGGCGAGGGACAGUGUGUAAUGUACGUUUGUUAGAAAGAGCAAAAGAAAAGAGAGAGAGAGGCAGAGAGAGAGAGACUAUGGAAUGCUGUGAUGUCACCAGCUAAGUCAUACACAAAGGCAAGAAGGACACACAAGCACUUACUCUCUCUCUUAGUAAAGUCUGCCGUGGAGCGUCCGCACCCAGCUCGUGUCCAGUUUAUGGCUGCUAAUUAGUGAUGAGAGCUUGUGUGUGGUGAACGGACCGAGCUGGGCUUCAUCAUCGUCUUUACCACCGUCAUCCUCGUUCUGAAGGACUGUUGCUGAAUCUCAGGAUAUAUUUGGGUGCACCACACACACGGCCAUGCUGCAGCAGAUCUUGAAUGACAUGUACAUCGACCCAGAUGUGCUGGACGCUCUGAACGAUGAGCAGAAGAAGACGCUCUUCCUGAAGAUGCGCGAGGAGCAGGUGCGCCGCUGGAAGGAGCGAGAGGAGAAGAUGGAGAGGGAACCACUCAAACCCAAACCAAAGACAGCUAAUAGCAAGAGUGUCAGUUGGCUGCUGGGACGAGAUGGAGACGUGCAGGUCAUUGUCAUUGGAGAGAUGGAUGAGUUCAAAUCCUCCAAACUCAUCUAUUCGGGGUUUGGAGAGAGAAAAACGGCCAGCGUCCUCAACAAUUCAUACAACCAGCCCAGCACUUUAAAGAGCAACCUGAUAAACCGAACGUCAGCGGAACCUGUACGAUCGGGGCGAGAAAACCUUCCUCCUAAAGCACAUUCAGGAGUUCAGCUGAACUUUAAGGACAACAGUGACAAAGAGUUAAGGACUCUGGCGCCUCCACAGAUGCCUGUAGUUGAAGAAAAGCCAUCAGGACCUUUAGAAAAUGUAUCCCAUCAGCCUCAGGAGUCCAAAGAGGAGGCUGAGUCAGGACACCCAGAGGAUGACUCAGCAAUCUUGUCCUCAAUUUGCUAUCGGGCCCACUCGAGAUCUUGCCUCCUGACACCCUCGGCUCUCAGCAGACCUGGCUAUACGGACACGGAGGACAGGACGACCAAUCAGCUGCCUGACACCUCCAGACUCCAUCCCCAAGACACCCCCAAACCACAGAUCAACAGAGGUGAUUUCCGAGUGGUUGCCGCCUCUAAACGGGCGUUUUCUGUCGAUGUGGGGUCCGAGGUAGCUGAGGAGAGCUGUUUGGGACGUGGACGGGUCGCUCAGCUCAUGAAGACCUUCAGUGUGUCCAGUGAGUCCCAAACACCGCCCCGUGGCAACAAACCACCAAUCCCGGAAAAGCCUACCCACUUGAGGCUCCGCCCCUCACCCUCUCUCAGGUAAUCAACAAGGGACCAACCCCUGCGCCGCAAUCAGGACAUCCAGCCAGGGGCCUUCUUCAGAAGGGUGUAGGUGCUUAGCCUCUCUCAGGAACUUGAAUGUUUAGUUACCAAAGUGACGUAAAGCAUCGCUUUUUUGCAAUAUUGAUGUUUUUCUUUAUUAUUUUUGUUUUUUACAUGGUAUGAGUGGUUUGUAAAACUUCAGCAGGAAUGAAACAUCAGUCAUAUUGCUAUUCCCUCAAACUUUCAGCAGUACUGUUGACCUGGCUGUACAAUAAAUUGCAGUUUACAAGUGCAUUUCUGUUUUAAAGGGUCAUAUGAAAUCUUAAUCAACAGUGUAAGAUUGAGUAAACCAAAUCAUACCAAAGUACCAAAAGUUUGCUUCUUUUUUUUCAAUAUCUAGAGGACAGGGUGGUCAAUAUAAAGCCCGUAUUUACUGUAAAUUACAAUUUCUUUUUAGCAGUUAAGAUGUACAGACAGUUGCUGGAUUAAAUGGAACACAUUUUGCACAGUAUUUACUCUAAACAUUAGACAAUUCACUGACAAAGUUACAUUUUGGAACUGACACUGUGGAAUGACCAAUUGUGCCAAAUAUCUAACAUGUUGGUCUACAUUGCUGGUUUUCUCAUAGCUAUACAUUUACUUAGGUUGAAGGUCUUGUAUUCAAAUUUUCCAUUUUGGUAAUCAGGUCAGUAGGGCAGCAGUCACUUUCUUGUAUUUUGUUUUCUCACAGUCACAUUUGCUUGCACUUAAUUCUGUUUUUUUUUUUUUUUUU